AUGAUUACCAAUCUACUAAUAUUUUCUGGAGAGAGUUUCGGCAACAAGUCAACAGGUUCAAGUCCAAGUCCAAGUCCAAGUCCAAGUCCAAGUCCAAGUCCAAGUCCAAGUCCAAGUCCAAGUCCAAGUCCAAGUCCAAGUCCAAGUCCAAGUCCAAGCCCAAGUCCAAGUCCAAGUCCAAGUCCAAGUCCAAGUCCAAGUCCAAGUCCAAGUCCAAGUCCAAGUCCAAGUCCAAGUCCAAGUCCAAGUCCAAGUCCAAGUCCAAGUCCAAGUCCAAGUCCAAGUCCAAGUCCAAGUCCAAGUCCAAGUCCAAGUCCAAGUCCAAGUCCAAGUCCAAGUCCAAGUCCAAGUCCAAGUCCAAGUCCAAGUCCAAGUCCAAGUCCAAGUCCAAGUCCAAGUCCAAGUCCAAGUCCAAGUCCAAGUCCAAGUCCAAGUCCAAGUCCAAGUCCAAGUCCAAGUCCAAGUCCAAGUCCAAGUCCAAGUCCAAGUCCAAGUCCAAGUCCAAGUCCAAGUCCAAGUCCAAGUCCAAGUCCAAGUCCAAGUCCAAGUCCAAGUCCAAGUCCAAGUCCAAGUCCAAGUCCAAGUCCAAGUCCAAGUCCAAGUCCAAGUCCAAGUCCAAGUCCAAGUCCAAGUCCAAGUCCAAGUCCAAGUCCAAGUCCAAGUCCAAGUCCAAGUCCAAGUCCAAGUCCAAGUCCAAGUCCAAGUCCAAGUCCAAGUCCAAGUCCAAGUCCAAGUCCAAAUCCAAGUCUGAGUCCAAGUUCGAUGUACGGAAGCUUCCAAACGGCCGACCUAGCCAGUAGUGCAGUGACUGGUGUUGUGCCGAUGGACGAUGGAGUGACUCUGACAGCUGCCUGCGAUGAACUGUGCCGAAACUGA